CGAUUAUAUAAAGCCACAUCCUGAUGGGAAAACAAAGACAUAAUACAACAGAAUGAAGAUCUCAGUGAGUUUUUUGCUGUUGCUGCUGCUCGGCGCUGUCCCCGCAAGUGAAAGCCAGCCGAUGUUUCCUUCACACAUCAACACUGUGCUGAUACAGAUGUCCGCCUGGUUGGUUCAAAUGAAAGCGGACAUGACUACAGGUCUAGCUCAGCUGAAGGCUGAAGUGAACACGCUGAAACAACAACUGCAAGUCCAAGAGGUUGCAUUCUCAGUCGCUCUGCUGGCUGGAAGUGGAACAGCAACUACCGGACCCUUUCCCAUGGACACUACCCUGGUCUACAAAUACAUCCCCACCAACAUCGGAAAUGCCUACAACCCAAACACAGGUUUUUUCACUGCCCCGGUGAGAGGAGCGUACAACUUUGAGUGGUCGGUCGGUGCAUUUGGAGACGGCAGCCACGGUUCAGGGGCUUGGUUGGUCAAGAACUCAGAGAAGGUUUUUUUGGCAUUCGAGCAACAGAAGGACGGUUUUAUGAGUUCCUCUAAAGGCGUGACGCUGUUGCUGGAGGUGGGAGACAUUGUGUAUGUGCUUCUGGUGGCUAACAAUUUGGCGUUUGAUGAUUAUAAUCACCACACCACCUUCAGUGGGUUUCUGCUGUUCCCCAUGUAAGACAGAAACAGCAGCUCUGUGAUAGUCACACAGGCUUUUUUUGUCUUAAACAAGUCUUCAUAGCACUUCAUCGAUUUGAUCUGAUUUCAUCUGCAUCCAAAUAAUAAUAAGUAAUAAUUGUUAACAAGUAUCUUUUUCCUUCAAAUUUUAGUGGUUAAUGUUUCUAAUUCUCUCUUGUUUCUAUAUAAUAAACAUAUCAUAG